AUGGCAUGCGAUGAGAGGCAGCAUCUGAACCAGGAGCCUCGAAUGGCCGCCAAGACGCUCAGUCCCACCUCCACAGCUUCUCACUCCCCGGCUUUCCCCGCCUCGUGGUUCCUUUCUUACAAGAGCUCCCACGUCGAAAUUGCCGGUGCAACAUUGCCUAGAGCAUUGCUUGCGCCUGAUGAUGACGAUGAUGUCCGCCGCACCGGUCUCUCCUACCGUUCCUCGACCUCAACGGGCUCAGAAUGCGAGGCCCAAACGCAUCGUGGCAUCCAGAUGCUUAGAUUCUACCUAGGUAAUGGAGAGGGUGGUGGCCCAUGUACAAACUGUCUCGAUCGAGGCCAACAUUGUACUUCAACCACACCUCGUCGAUGGCGUGUUGCGGACGGAAGCAGAGAAGGCAAAGAUUUAGUGGAGAGGUUGGAGCAGCUAGAAACACUCCUCAAGCAACAAAGAUAUGCUCCCACCACCACAAAUCCCAUUCAUCUACAUGACUCCCCAGCAGCUUUAAGCAGUAACUUGUCUAGAUUUACCGGGAGAAAUGACCGAGAUUCGUUAGACUCAGUGCUGCCUGUUAACUUGUCCUCUUCGUUGAGGACGGACGGUGAAGAAACCCAGAGCCCGUCCUGCUUCACCCUGCCCCACUCGUACAAGACGACAAAUCCUCCUGGGCUUAUGGACUCGGUAUCAUUGAUACCUCAAACGCAUCCCGCCCUCGCCGAUACGGCUUCAACACUUGAUAGGAGUUCUGGGCAUCAUCCUACCCCUUCCAAUAGCGCUGAGGCGGUGGACCUCGCGGAGAGCAGCCCUGAACAAAUCAGAGAGAGAAGUAGUAUCUCGUCGAGUGAAACAUCUAACUGGGAAUAUCACGGGCCCAGAUCGUUCUUGUCUAUCUGUUCAAGACCAGGAAUCCAAUGGGUGGCGAGCAAGACGGGAAGCUCGAGCUUCAAUACAUCUGCGAGGACUUUUACUAACUACAUCACGAGCCGCCUUAAAAUCGAGAAGAUGCUGUCGAAAAAGCGAAAGCCAGAGCCAGAUCAAGAGACAGCGUGGAGAUAUACUCGAGCGUUCUUCGAGAAGGGACUUGAAUCUGCUCUAGGGAUCGUGCACCGGCCCUGGUUCGACACGCAACUCAAAGGUUACUUCAACAGAGACAUUAUGGAUACCGAUCCCGCUUGGUAUGCCCUCCGAAACGCUAUCUACGCUUUCGGAUGUCGAAUCGAGCUUUCAAAUUGCGGUUCCUUUCAGGAAGCCAAUCAAUCGGCGUGGGGUUAUUUCGAAAAUGCGUUGUCAGUGCAUACGGAAAUACUAUACUUCCGAACCUCGAUUGUUGGUGUGCAAGCUUUGACGCUAAUGGCCUAUUUUACCCAGAAUAUUGCUAGUCCUUGUCUCGAAUAUGUGCUCUGUGGUAUAGCUGUACGACUUGGCAUCGCGAAAGGGCUCCAUCGACAAGCGAUCGCCUCCUGGAAUCUGACCGAAUAUGAAAACUCCCUACGCAGUUGUUUGUUUUGGGCCAUAUAUUGUUUGGAGAAACAAAUCGUUUCUCAAUCUGGACGCCAUUCACUAAUUGAUGAUGACGACGUCAGUUGUCAAGUACCAACAUCCGCCCCUCCCGAGAGCACUGUGAACAUCGAGUACUGCAAUACUCUGAUCAGACUGUCGCAACUUUCAUCAUUGGUCUCUAAAAGACUCUCUACGGUUCAGGCCUUUCAGCAGGGCCCAGAGGCUUUGGUGAGAUCCGUCGCUGAGCUCGAUGAGCAACUCAACGUAUUGAAGCGCUCGAUUGACCCGAUAAUAUCUUGUCCUUCUGCCCCUUGUCCGACCCAACUAUCAUCCAGAAUGACGCCACAGCAGAUCAUGUAUCUUCGUGGCGCCAUUCAGAGCAUAACUCUCGACAUCCAUACUUCUUUGACGUAUCCUUGGAGUAGGAGUAUGUGUGGCUUAACCCCUCAUGCUGAGUUACGUGAUCAGAUCGAGACAUCGACGCAGGUUGUGGCAGAGGUCUGUCGCCAGGCCAUUUUGGGAACUGAAAAUAUACGUUUCGAUGCAAGCACUCCUGUCCCGUUGAGCUUUUUCGGACCGAUGUAUGCUUUAAUUAAUCUCUUUAUAUACAUUCUACAAAACCCCAAGAGACUUGGCAUUCAGUCUGAUCUUGCGCUGAUGGAGGUGGGCGCGGGAUACUUCGCGCGGGUGAAAUUUGCAACCGGUUCUGGAAUUUCCAUCAGCUUUGCGAGAGAGAUGGCCACCCUCGCCCGAGAAGCCACAGAGAGAGCAUAUGGACUGAACGCAGGCAACACCGACGUGACUUACGACCAAGAUUUCUCCCGCCUUCAGCAAAAGCUAUCGGAGAACGUGGCUGUGGCCGAUCAAUAUCUUGGGAUUGAAGAUCAGCCGUUCAGUGACCAGACCACCGUAAGUCUUCAUCGCGCCGCAUGUGGUUUUAAAGGCAACCUCGCCACGGCGAUACUGAUGCUCCUGAUCUUAGGAUGA